AUGUUCGUCCUCGUGCCCGUCCAGGAGGUGAAGCUCAGCACGUCGCUCUCGUACCCGUUUGCUUCAGUGGAAUACUGGAAGGGCACUGAGCGGGCUGGAGAUUCGAUGAAAGUCACAUUCCGGCUCUCGACCACGGCCCCGUUGGAUGGAUUCAAUACCCGGUAGGUCUGGCUGUCGAGGCCGAAACCACAUAGCUUGCCUUGGAAAGCUCUGGCGUCCAGCUUCUUUCGGUAUCUCUCGUGGUGUACGAAGGCGCGCGCUCCAAUGACCCGAAGUCCCGAGAGAUCAGGUGACUUAUUGUGCAACUUCGAGUAUGGCGUAGCUCCUCCCAGUGCUGAGUGUGGGGACCUGUUCAACAGGUAUGCUGCAGUCAGCAUUAACUCCCCCCACAUGGACGGCGGAAAAUCUCCAUCCUUCAGAAGACACUAGGUGACUCCGGCCAGGGGUUUGUCCGUCCCGUUCCGAUACACCAAUUUGUUGAGGGGUGUUGGUGGCGGCGUAUUCGAGCUUGAUAGCUGAAUUCUUGCAG